AUGAUUCCAAGCAUGCUUUUUCUAAUGGCUCCGAUCAUCAUCGCCGCCGCUCAGAUUCAACAUGAUCAGAUUGCCAAGACCGUAUACCUCAAUGACACUUCGUUCGUCGCUUAUAACGCGUCGGAGAUGAAGUGUCGAAUUGAUUGCGCCGAUCCCGACACGAUGGCGACGGCGUCGUUCCGAGGGCUUCAGAAGAUCUGGAUGUUCAAUGACGCGGAUCUGAUCAAUCUCGACGACAAGACAUUCAUCGACAGCAACAAGAGCAUCGAGUUCCAGGUGCUGACGGCGGAUGACGCCGGAUCGUACCAGUGCUGUGUGCGCUCCACCGAUAUGGCCUAUCAGAGCUUCAUCUGCUAUCGAACUCAGCUGAUUGUUAUGGAUGAGCUGCCGAUAGAUGAGAUUAAUGGGACUGAAGCGCCGAUGGCUCCAUCAUGGAAUGUCGUUGUAAUGGAUGGGAUGACGAUCAACGCUCAACCGGAAGCCAAUUAUUUUAUGAAAAUUUUUGAGGACAAUGCCACUGAUAUUCACUGCCUCGUCAAUCACAUUCUAGCCGAUAUUCAUACGGAGAAUUCCUAUCCGCCACCGGUGUUCAAUGAUGUCGCCAUUUGGGGAUUCAACGUGACGGAGCACAGCGGCGUCUAUGUGUGCAAUGGGACCAUUUCGAUAUCGAACGAGACAACCGUUGAAACGGUGGAGUUCACCGUUGCCGAAUCGAUGGCCGAAAACGAGAACGCCGAAUUUCUGCCGGACUUGAUCGUGCGUGAAGCUCAAAAAUCGAAUGCGGCCCUUCUGAUGAGCCCCCUACUAUUUGUGGUCCUUUUGCGCGCAUAA